AUGACAGCCAUCAUCUUACCCAAGCUAUUCGGUAAACACAACACCGCUCAUUCCAAGGAUGAUUGCAGUAACUCACAUACAACAUCGUCACUGGCCUCAAAUGCCUACGACGAGAUGAUGGGACUGCUUGGGACCUCCCAACAAGCCGAAGCUCAAUGCAUUGCCGAAAUCAAAGAUUCCUUUCGAAAGUUUGGCAUCCGUCUGCCACAUGAAAAGGUCUUUCGAUACGCCAGCUUUUACAACUACAAUGCCGAAGAAGCCAUCGAUCGCAUUCGUGAGGAUAACGGCAACCCUUACAUGCAACUCAAGAUGAAAGAAGACCUUCAAGAUCAGUUUGGUAGCACCAACGCCCUUUUCCCCCUUCCCGACCUCCGAACACGCAAGACCAACUCGGAAGUCAUCUACAUGAACCCCGCUCGAUUCAACCCAAAUCAAGAUGACAUUGACACAUUCAUUGACAGUCUGUGUUAUGUCCUCAACGACUUGAGCCAAACUGUGGACCAAUGUCAGAACGGAGUCACAGUCAUUGCAAACAUGAAAGAUGUUACAAUGGAAAACUUCAACAAGGAAUACUGUGCCAAGCUCAUGCAAGCACUUCAAGGUGACAUGGUCCCAACUAAUGUCGAUGCCUUUCUCAUUGUAUCGCCGCCAUCGUGGUUCGGCAAAGUCUUCAAAUGGAUGAAAUCAUCCAAAAAGACCUCCAAGGACUUUCUGAAACGAGUUCAUCAACUCAAGGAAGAAGAAGACCUGUCGCCAUAUCUGAUGAGUCAGCCAGAAUUGUAUCUUCCUGAUGGACUAUGUGGAGGACACGCUGUUGGGGCCGAGCUAUGUGAGGACUAUAUGGACCUCAAGAUUGCGCAGGAGCAACGCCAGCAAGAAGAUGCAAGGAAGCAAUGA